AUGGGUUCGACUCCCCACGGCGACAACGCUUACUCCUUUUCUCUUGCAGGAAAAACCCUGCUGGCCAAGGCGGUGGCCACGGAGUGCGGCACCACGUUCUUCAACGUGUCCGCCAGUACGCUCGUCUCCAAGUGGCGCGGGGACUCGGAAAAGCUCGUCCGCGUGCUGUUCGAGCUCGCGCGCCUCCACGCCCCCUCCACCGUGUUCCUGGACGAGGUGGACGCGCUGGCCUCGCGCCGGGGGCUGCUCGGCGAGCACGAGGCGUCGCGUCGCCUGCAGGCGGAGCUGCUCGUCCAGCUGGACGGACUCAACGACCUCCACGACAAGCACCCGGUCUUCCUGCUCGUCACCUCCAACCUGCCGUGGGACCUGGACGAGGCACUGCUACGUCGCCUCGAGAAGAGGAUCCUCGUGGACUUGCCGGACCUGGAGGCGCGCGAGGAGAUCAUCCGCCACCACCUGCCUCCCGCCGCCGCCUCACCGCCACCGCGGGCGCGGGUCGCGACCAAGCCCGCUCUACUGUGUCAGCUCGACUACCCCCAGCUUGCGCAGGAGACGGAGGGCUACUCGGGGGCCGAUCUGCGGCUGGUGUGCAAGGAGGCUGCCAUGCAGGCCGUGCGCAGCGUCUUCAGCCACCUGGACUCGGGAGUGCCAGACACUGCCGCGCUGCAGCUGGACGCCGUGACCACGGCCUCGGUGCGCACCGCCCUCGCCAGGACCAGGCCGUGCGGCGCCAGGAACGCCGAGCGCUUCCGCGCCUGGCAGCAACAAUUCGGCGCCUCGUAGACACAAUAAAGCUCCACACACUCGGA